AUGGCUGACAGUCAUCCUAAGCUUGUUAAAAAAGCUGUUCAGAUUGAAAGUGAUCCAUUAGUAAUUCCAGACGAGUUCGAAGGUUAUGCACUACGCUACUUUAAUCUACCAUUACAUUAUCGUGAUGAUUUGAAAUCUGUUUUGAUUCCAUAUGGUCUCGUACAAGAUCGAAUUGAAGCUUUGGCAAGCAGAAUAUUUUCAGAUUUAAAUAUUCAUAUACCAGAACAACUAAGUAUAACAAGAGAUUGA